UAGAAAUUGGACAACUGCUUUAAAUCUUAUACAAGCCUAAACUGUUAAGAAGAAAUUUUUAGUAAGGGAAAAUGUAAUUCUACCUAACCUUGAAAAUAUUUAGAAACCAUUUUCACCGUUUAGUAUUAUGUAUUUAAUUAAACGCCUAUAUUCAACCAAAUAUGUAAAGAAACUGUCGAAAGGUGAUCCUGGAAUGCACAGACGAAUCAGUGCUUUGAAAGUAGUUCCAGACGAAAUUGAAGAAUUAGAUAUAGAAACGGACUUUGAAAGUGAUUUCAUGGAAGUUCACAAAAGUUACAGGGAGCACGUAAAUGAAAUGGACGCUAUGAAAGAACAAGAGAAGUAUUUCAUAGUCAGGCAGAAAUAUUUCAAGCAGAAAUUUCCAAAUUUCUUGACAUGGCACGAUAAGGAACAAAUAAAAUUUUUGCAUGAGCAAGAUCCACAAGAGUGGAGCGUUGAGAAACUCUCAGAGGGAUUUCCCGCAACGCGAGAAGUGGUGCAGAGUCUUGUGAGGAGGACCUGGACAAAGAAAACACCCCAAAAAAUAGCAAACCACGAUAAAACAGUCAUUAAAAAUUGGGAAAAUUUUAAGAAAGGUAAUCUUGCCUUACCACAACAGCUGAGGGAACAUUUAAGCAGGUUUACAGAGCGUUCCUUAAAUUUAAACCUCUUUGCUAAACCUACUGAGCAAGGCAAAAGGGUUGUCAAUAUUUCAAAACCACUGGCUGGGGAGUUUGAGGAUAUUAUAAGAAGUUAUCAGAAUAUAAAAGGAAACACUAAAGAGGAAAAUGAAGACACAGGUGUGAGUGACAAGUUUUUGAAUGCCACCACUGACUCAAAGCCGAAAAUGCAUAAAAAAAGAAUAGAAAGGUUAAUGACAUUUGAAGAGCUUCAGGAAGACAUUAAAAACACAGCCAAAAUUGGUAAACAGUUAACUCAAGAGGACCGGCUGCUUUUAAACUGCAGCUUGAAAAAGCAGCAAGAAGAGAACAUUGUAGAAGUCAAAUCAGAAGAAUUAUCAAAGAUUCUACACAAUGCCAAGUCAAGCCAAGCCAAUACCGGAAAAGUGGCAGUCACUCAAAAAUCAAAAGAUGUUUCACACCUAGUUUACCCGGAUAAAAUUGUUAUUCCAAAAAAUAUUUUUAAAGCAGGUUACACUUAUAAGCUAAAUGAUUGUUAUUAUGACAGCGAUGGGGAGUUUCUGUAUCGGGUGCCUGGAAUGGGUUAAAUAAACACCUUAGCCAAUG